ACAAAUUAUCAAUAACACAAAUUAUCAAUAUUUUCUAGCAAAAAUUAAAAUGACAAACUAAUUUCAUUUACUUCUGCUAUAUAAAUCCCAAAUAUUUGUUUGAAUCUGAAUGAUACUGAAUGUCAUAUAAUUUUCCCAGUCAAAAUCAGUGUAGGCCUACGUUCGAUGAGCUCACAGAUCAAUACCCUUCAUAUGACGGAGAAGGAUAUCAAUUCAUCACAUUCCAUGCUUAUCUCAAUUUGCCUCGAAGGAAGUUCCAAAUCUUUGUCUUCACUGAGCUAAUGACAAGGACAAACGAUGGGCUCUAAAUUUUCAGGUCUCUUGAUUCUUAUGAUUUUAUCAUGUGCAUGGAGUCUAGAUAUUUAUUCUGGAAAAGAAAUCGAUAUGGAACAGUUGCAAGGAGUUUGGUUUCUCACUUUUGGUGUGGAUUUCUGGGUACUGGAACGCAUUGUGGAGAUGCCAUAUAAUUGCACCUUUCAACGUAACAGAGAAUACAAUGAAGUUCUACACGUACAAUUUUCCCCGAAUGAACUCAGAGUCCCCUGAGAGUAUUAUUGAAGACGUAACACGCGACUCUAUGGGUCAAUAUUGGAUGGGGUCGCACACAAAUGAACCAUGGUUCCGCUCUCAUCCGCACUUUUAUAUGACUGACUAUUCCAAUUUCUAUAAUCAUCUGACAACAAUGCGCGAUGGUCGUAAGCUUUUUCAGAUUUUAACCAGGAAGCCCAAAAUAAACAAAGAAGACAUUUCCAAAUUUACAGCUCUUGCAGUGAAGCAAGGCGUCGAUCCAACAACAUUAAUGACAUUUGAAUGUGGCGACCUUAUACCUUCAGACUAUUUAUAACAUUAAUAAUUGUUCAUUACUAUAAUACCUUUAUUUGGAUUACUCAUUUACUCAAGAGAAAAAUGCUAAAAUUUAUGAAUCAUAUGGCGUUUAUUUCUGCACAACAACCACAACCGUUACCAUCCCGGAAACAACAUUAGCAAUUUAAGAAAACGACCCAUAAGUCAACUUCGUGUUGAAUAUUAUUUUUUAGUAACGUUAGCAAUUGAAUUAUUUUUAUUCUGAAUGUUUGCUGUGGGGAUUUGUAUCUUGACAUCUACUAACGCUUACUAACUUACGUAUACUUUUCAUCUGUUAACGGUACGGUGUUUUGAU